AUGGCCAGUGGGAGUCCAGCAGCCAAGAGGGUAGUGGUGUACCGGAACGGGGACCCCUUCUCCCCAGGCCGCCAGCUGGUGGUGACUCAACGCCGCUUCCCCACCCUGGAGACCUUCCUCUGUGAGGUGACAUCGGCUGUGCGGGCCCCAGUGGCCGUGCGUGCUCUCUACACCCCUUAUGGCCACCCUGUCACCGACCUGGCAGACCUGCAGAACGGAGGGCUGUAUGUGGCUGCUGGCUUCGAACAUUUCCACAAGCUCCCCUAUUUACCCCCUGCAGGGAAGGAUCCAGGUGGGAAGAGCAACAGAUUGGCAGGUCUUCCCGUGACUCGGCAGCUGUGUGAUGGGGCCCUUGGACGGCAGCUACCUGCAGGUUCCCCCUGCUACAUCCAUGUGUUCAGGAAUGGGGACCUGUUAAGUCCUCCGUUCAGCCUGAAGCUGUCCCAGGCUGCCAGCGAGGACUGGGAAGCAGUGUUGAAGCUCCUGAAGGAGAAGGUGAAAUUACAGAGCGGGGCUGUGCGCAAGCUCUGCACCCUGGACGGGCUCCCACUGUCAGCAAGGGAGGCUCUGGUGAGCGGCCAUUACUAUGUGGCCGUUGGAGAGGAUGAGUUCAAGGCCCUCCCCUAUCUGGAGCUGCUGGUGCCCAGUCCCUCACUGCCCAGGGGCUGCUGGCGUCCCCCAGGUCCAAAGUCCAGGCCCCACCAGCAGGUGGCCCAGGGCCACAGAGCACAGGCAAGCCGGUUCUCUCCAAACGAAGCCAGACAAAUUGAGCCAUCUGCUUUCUAUGCCAGACCCCAACGAGCUAUUGAGCCACGAAGCAUGCUCCCCACGCUCUCAUUUCCAUCAGGAACCAAGGGAGUGUAUGGGGCUCCCCACCCAAGGAAGGAGACGGCAGGGGCCCGGGAAGUAGCAGAUGAUGAAGACACCCAGACAGAGGAGCCCUUGGAUCAGGUGGGCUGGGGCUGGAAGCCAUGUGUUGGCUUUUGUUUUGCUUGUAUGGUUUGUUUUUUUGCUGUACCCUUCAGCAUGUGGGAUCUUAGUUCCCCAGCCAGGGAUCAAACCUGCACCCACUGCAUUGGAAGCCAGGGAAGUCCCUGGAAGCCACAUGUUGGGACAGGAGUUCUGAGCUGGAAACCAGCAGCCCUGGGUCCCAGAAACAAUUCUCCCUUGUGACUGUGAACAAAUCUAACCUUCUCAGAACCCGAGUUCCUAUGUUAAAUGAGAUGGUGGAUCCAGAUUUCUGGUCUCUUCCUUUCCUGGGGUUGGGAAACCCCAGGCUAAAGGCUGGAGGCUGGACUGGGGUGCUUAAUGGCUCUGUUCUGUGUGGCCUUCUUCCUCCUCCAGCGGAUAGCACAGAUAGUGGAAGAGGCGCUGUUCCUGGAAAAACAGCCUGGGGCUGGGGCGGCUAUCUCAGCCUGAUGCCUGCUCCACCAUCUUGAGAUCUGGCAGCUCCAGCCAGGAACUGGGGACCUUCACUCUGUAGUCACCUUUUAUCCUCAGCCUCCAGCAGCCUGUUCUCAAGGAACCAGCGUCUCCUCUGGGCUCACAGGGUAUGAUGCAACCCUUCAGUCCGGCUCUGCUGCUCGUAAACCUACACCCCGGUCUUCCUUUCCUUUCGGAGCAGAGAAGCCCCAGCUACAGAGGCCGUUUCCUUAUGAGAGUCUCUGGCCAGAGAAAGGAGUAGCCAGCUGGGUUUGGGGGAGAGACCACAAACAUGGGAGCGGGUCUGUCACAAUAAAAGAAUACUUACUAACCUC